AUGGGUUGCUGCCAGGCAGGCAUUCAAGAGCUCGAGUUAGCAUUUGGAAAAGAAGCCAAUCCUUCAAAGAACUCUGUGUUUUCAUUAAAUGCUCAAAUGGGUGAUGAUAAAGAAGAUAUUGUUAUAACUGAAGCUAAUCUUUUUUGUGAUGACAGAGAUGAGGUAGUCACCUUCAGAACUCAUAGAAAUGAUAUUGAUCCUUUUAAUAGAGAAGAAUUAGAAGAAGCGGCACGCUCUGUUAGUGCUCAUGCUAUUUUUAAGCUGAUGGAAAGGAAAAAGGAAGAAAAAAGAAUGCAGAAAUUAAAGACAAUCAAGUUUGAUACUGCAUCUAUUAUACAGUCAGCGUUUUUAUCAAAAAUCACUAACCCUUCUAUGAGCAAGCUACCAUUAGAAAAAUCUAGAAUCCCACCCUUUGAAAUGAGAAAAAAAUUAUUUUUAUAAAAUAUUUUGAUAUAUGAUAAUAAUUAUUAUGAUUAAAUCUCUAAAUAACUCUCUUAAAUUUAAAGCAGCUUGAACUUUAUAAUAAAAAUUUUCUACAUUGAACUUUUAAAAAUAAAUGAAAUUAUUAAUUACUUGAAAGGCAGUAGAUAAAAUAAUUUUGCGCACACAAAUGAAAGAAGAGUAAAGAAAAAUAA